CCGCGUUCGAGGUUUCCGGGCCGGAGCGCUCGGGAGGGACGGACCGGCGCGCGGCAAGAUGGCGGCGCCCACGCGGUUGUUUCACGUGUGGGUGGGGGCGGAAACCGGAGCCCUUAAAGGGGUGAACUUGCAGCGCAAAGAGGCCUCGAACCACGCGGGGGGGUCGGGGCUGAGCCGGGCCCGGGGGGUCUCAGCCCUGGCCUGGGGGGACCCCGCCCAGACCGAGCUGCUCGUGGCGUGUCUGGAUCGCUCCCUCAGCGUUUUCAGCACCGAGAAAGGAAAAUUCACCGGGAGCCGGCGCUGCCCCGGCGGGGACGGCGCCUUCUGCGGCCUCGGGGUGCUCGGCAGCUCCGUCGUCACCGCGGUGGAGUCGGGGCUGAUCCGGCUCUGGGGGGAGGAUGAGGCUGAGGAGCCCCUGCAGGAGCUGCAGGCGGGGCCGGGGCUGUGCCGGAUGCGCCAGGACCCGGCUCGGCCUCACGUCCUGGGCACGGCGGGGAAGGAGAACGGGCUCAAGGUGUGGGACCUGCAGCGGCCCGGGGAGCCCCUGUUCCGUGCCAAAAACGUGAGGAACGAUUGGCUGGAUCUGCGCGUGCCCGUCUGGGAUCGGGACCUGCAGUUCCUGCCGGGAUCCCAACGGAUCCUCACCUGCACAGGACACGGCCAGGUGCGUCUCUACGACCCCUCCUCGCCCCAGCGGCGCCCGGUGCUCGACGUCACCUUCGGGGAGGCGCCGCUGACAGCGCUGGCCCUGCCCCCCGGGGACACCUCGGUGGUCGUGGGCAGCGCCCGGGGGGACGUGGCCGUGCUGGAUCUGCGCAAAGGGCGGGUGCUGAGGGCUCUGAAGGGUUUUGCGGGGGGGGUCCGGGGGCUGCAGUGCCACCCCCGCCUGCCCCUCGUCGCCUCCGUCAGCCUCGACCGAUUCCUGCGCCUGCACGGCCUGAGCGACGGGCGGCUCCAGCACAAGGUGUACCUGAAGUCGCGCCUCAGCUGCCUCCUGCUGAACACACACCUGGACUGGGAGGCCCAAGAGGAGCCCCCUCCCCAAAAGGAGAAGGAUGAGGAGGAGGAUGAGCUGUGGGACGCUCUGGAGUCCGUCCCCACCCCCAGGAAAAGCAAGAAAAGGAAAAUUUCGGGGUUUUGAGGGGGGUCCUGAGACCCCCAAAACCUCCCCGCUCCCCCUCCCCCGCUGUAAAUAACGUAAAUAAACGGGAUUUUGGGGUUUUUUUGGAGAUAAACG